GGCUGAGGGUGGAGAAGUUGGAUCAGUUGAGCCGAGAUUGGAUUUAUGAGGAGCGGACAAGGUGGUCUGAAGAAGUUCCUCUGAUUCCUAGCAGUAAGCAGAGGGAGAGUAGGAAGAGAUCCAGGAGUAGGUCCAAGGUCAGACUUGAGAGGAGUAAGAAGAUGCGGGUUCAGCCCAAAGAGGAUGCUAGUCUGGAGAGGGGAGUUCUUGGUGAGGAAACGCAUAUCAAGGUUUCAGUCCAGCCUGAUCCAGGUUUACCUGGAGUAGGGAAUGGAGUUGAUACUUUGCAUAGUGUGCCUGACCAGGGUAAAGAGAAGGAGAUGGAGGAGUCUGGUGUAGACUCAAAUAGCGUGAAGGAUCUCCUGGCCCGAUUGAAGUGUAGGAGGAGUGUGGUGAAACCUGCUAGAGAUAGAUCUGGGUCCCGGAGAGUCUUGUCCUAUGAUGAGAUUAUUGAGGGUCCUCCUAGGGUGGAGAAUGCGUAUGAGGAUCUUGAUUCUGUGUUCGAGAUUCCUAGUGAAGUAGAAGACUUCGAGGUUUAGAUUGAUGAGGGAGCGAUUG